AAGAUGGUACACGCUUGUUUUCUUCUGCUCUGGAGAAUAGGACAUGGAACAAUGAAUGCAAGCUGCAGGAAAAGAGAUUCCACCUCAACAUUAGGUGGAACUUCUAAUGUUCUAACACUAUUUAGCAGGGGAACACUGUUUCUCGGUGUGUGGUGGUCUCCUUCCUUGGAGGUCUUUAAACAGAGGCUGGAUGGCCAUCUGUCGGAGGUGCUUUGAUGGAGAGUUCUUGCAUGGCAGAAUGGGGUUGGACUGGAUGGCCCUUUUAGUUUCUUCCAACUCUAUGAUUCUAUGUUGGACAGCAACUUCAGUCUUCCCCUUCCCCCAUGGCCAUGGUGGGUGGGGAUGCUGGAAGCUGAAGUCCUACACACCUUGAGGAGACUGUGUUGAAGCUGCAAAAUGUCAUUAGAAGAUUUAUCUAUAAGUGUAAUGGGUAAGUGUGGAUGAUGCACCACAAGGCAUCGUCUCUUCCUUUCUUUUCCUAAUUCUUCUCUUUCUGUGCCUCCCCUGAAGGAUUUGUUUGUGGAAGCAAUGGCUGUGGUGGAGAAGUGUCCUGAAUCCAGUCAAUGGCACCUGCCCAAGUGGAUUAUGCAGGAAGGAGAAGGAAUGUCCUCCUCAAUGGGAGGUGGAAUAAAGACUGAGCCUAUGUGUACAAGCACAUCUCUUAAUCCUGAUGGGUUCAUACCAGCUCCUGCAAGUCUAUAUCAGGUGAUGUUUGAGGAGGUGGCUGUGAAUUUCACGGAGGAGGAGUGGGCUAUGCUAGACCCAGGCCAAAGGGCCCUUCAUUGGGAAGUGAUGGAGGAGACUCUGGGAAUCCUGUCCUCUCUGAGUAAGUCUCUUCUUUUUUGUGAAUGAGCACCUCACAGGAGCUGAAAAGUCACUCUGAGUAGUCUUCUUCACCCUUAAUAUAUUAAAGCAGGCCGUGUGGUUUUCUUCUAGCUUCCCUGAUUUCUUGCCACUUUCUAAGGAAGCUGUCAAGUCCAGCAGGGUACCAAGCUCAAAAGUCCAGGCUUCAGUAGUUCAAACUCAGAAAACUCUUUAUUUAGUAACUUCACCAGCAGAUCUUGGCCGAGGUCAUGUUGGACUUCUGUGCUUGGACCAUUGGGUGGAGCAUUGAUAGACCUGCUAGAAGUAUCUCCCCCUCAAUGACUUGGUUUACCUCUUCCAAAUGUCACAGUGGAACCACCAUAAAAAUGAAAUAUUGGAUUGUUUAAGGGCAAGUGAGAAGGCAGAAGUGGAUAGCAGCCACAUCUUGCUUUCUUGUCUCACUAAGUCCUGUUCCUCCCACUGAAUCCGCCAAAGAUGGACAUAGAGUCAGAAUGUUCCAGUGAAGAGUGGGGAGGAGGGCUUAGGAGAAGUGGCUGUCUUCACUUGCCCAGGGCUUCCUGCAAAGAGGUGGAAAGAGCCAAGACUUGAUGUGGAGUCAGGCGCUAGUUAGCAUGAAUGGAGAACCAACAUCCCAUAGCAUUCUGUUUGCUGUUGUUUCUGGGUGCCUUCAACUCAUUUCCAACUUAUGGUGACCCUAAGUCCAACCUAUCAUGGGGUUUUAUUGGCGUAUUUCUUCAGAGGGAAUUUAUCAUUGCCAU